AUGGGUGACUUGCGGAAGGGUUUCAAAGUAAAUACUUGUGACAGUUUAUCCGAGAAGGUCACUGUGGAUGGAAGAAAUGUGUUGCUGCAAGUUGAGAGGGAUGAAGAUUUUGUGAUGCCCUCAAGGGUAAACCCGUGCUUGAAAUAUAGCAUCUUCACGUUUAGCUACAUCUUUCUGCUGCUUUCUGUUGGAUUGCUGACUUUGGGUAUCUGGGCGCAAACAGCUAAAUCUGGAGUACUGUUCAGUUUGAAGAAGUUUGAUUCUAAGAAGAUUGCUCUUCUAUUGGACCCAACCGUUCUCAUUUUUCUUACCGGUAUUAUCACCAUAAUAAUCAGUUUCUGUGGAGCUGUUGGAAGCUUACGAGACAACUGUUUCUAUCUGAUGCUUUAUGUAUGCAUGUUGGGUUUCAUAAUAAUAACUUAUUUUAUGCUAAUUAUAACUGCUGUAUUUAUUAGCCGUGUAUUACUGAAUGUGGUGGAGACGACGAUCCAGGAUACCAUUAUACUGUAUCGUGAUGAACCAGACUUGCAGCUUUUAGUGGACUGGAUACAAACUACUGUUAAAUGUUGUGGUGCUUUCUCACCUCAUGACUGGAAUAAUAAUAUCUAUUUCAGUGAUGCGAAUAUAUUGAGAACAUACGAGUCGUUAGAAGCUGGUGGUGUACCAUUUUCUUGUUGUAAAGAAACGAAGUCAACAACGGCUUCGCUUUCAAAUAUGUUCUGCGGUAUAGGUGCUCGUAUACCACCACCGUUUGCACCGUUAGAUGAUAAAGGCAUGUUUUUGCGGGAUGACAUUCAUCAGCAGGGUUGCAUCGAAAUGAUUAAGGAAUUCCUGAUCAGGAAUAUUUUAUACAUUACUCCAGCUAUCUUUAUCUUCCUUAUAAUUCAAUUGUUUUGUCUUUUUUCUGCAUACAUCUUGCAAAAUCAAAUUUUUGAACAGCGAGAAGAUUGGUAUAGCACUCAAAAAUUAAAAGUUUUUGUCUAUGAGCAGUAA